AAGCUCUGUAUUAUUAAUACUGUUAUAUAAAACGCAAUACAGUUUUGCAAUACAUUUGUGCAGUUAUUAUGAAAAAUGUAAUCAAAAAAUUUGGCCACAAAUUGAAUGAAUUGGUCGACAAGACUAUCGAUAACUACAGCAAAAGCAGUGCUUUUCAUAACAAUAAUAAUAGUUAUCAACACUUAAUCGCCAAUAGGUUUGAGUCAAACGCCAAUCCGUCGGACGUCCGGCGCGUCAACUCAUUGAACAGACGUCUCAGUCGUGACCACAAACCCAACGCCAAGUCCUGGACGCAGACCAUCGGCAGACAUCACAACCACAACAACAAUCACCAGACGUACACUUCGGCCGCAACCGCCGUCAUCGACGGUCAUCUCCGCGACGAGACAAUGGCCACAGACAUGACUUUGGCGCCCAUCAGGUCUCUGGACGACUACCUCCUGAGCUCGAGUCGCUUCCAAUUGCCGCAGAUUAAGGACUUAGAGAAGUGGAACCAUCGAGUGAUCAAUAAUCUGCACUACUAUCAGACCAAUUACUUCUUGACCGCAAUCAUUAUCUUCACACUAAUCGGUAUCAUAAACCCGACGCAAAUACUGUUAGGACUGUUGGCACUGUUGGUGGCGAUCGCGAUCUUUAUCUACGCCAACAACAAUUCGCCGCAAUUCAUGGACUUUAAGCGCUCGCAUCCGAUCAUCUCUCUGUGUCUGAUCUUCGGCGGCGGUUCAGUGAUUGUCUACCUGUUCUCCUCAGUGUUGGUCUUCUUAGAUGCAAAAUAUUACAUUAUCAUAAACCCGACGCAAAUACUGUUAGGACUGUUGGCACUGUUGGUGGCGAUCGCGAUCUUCAUCUACGCCAACAACAAUUCGCCGCAAUUCAUGGACUUUAAGCGCUCGCAUCCGAUCAUCUCUCUGUGUCUGAUCUUCGGCGGCGGUUCAGUGAUUGUCUACCUGUUCUCCUCAGUGUUGGUCUUC